GUUAGAAUUGAGCAGGUGAUUGUUGCUGAGCCAGGAGCAGUUUUACUGUACAAGAUUUCCAAUCUUCUUAAGUUCUACCACCAUACAAUUAGUGGUAUUGUAGGAAACAGUGCAGCCACACUGUUGACAACAAUUGAAGAAAUGCAUUUGUUGAGCAAGAAGAUAUUCUUUAAUAGCCUGAGUCUUCAUGCAAGUAAACUAAUGGACAAGGUUGAACUCCCACCUCCUGAUCUUGGCCCAAGCACUGCACUAAAUCAGACCCUUAACUUGCUGCGGGAGGUUCUGGCAUCUCAUGACUCAUCUGUUGUUCCACUGGAUGCCCGUCAAGCUGACUUUGUGCAGGUUCUGUCUUGUGUGCUAGAUCCAUUGUUACAGAUGUGCACUAUGUCUGCUAGCAAUUUGGGCACAGCUGAUAUGGCAACCUUCAUGGUAAAUUCACUUUACAUGAUGAAGACAACUUUGGCUCUCUUUGAAUUCACUGACAAACGACUAGAAAUGUUACAGUUUCAGAUUGAAGCUCAUUUAGAUACUCUCAUCAAUGAACAAGCUUCCUACGUGUUAACAAGAGCUGGUCUAAGUUACAUCUAUAAUUCUGUGCAGCAACACAAGCCAGAACAGGGUCCUCUUGCAAAUUUGCCAAGCAUGGAUUCCGUGUCCCUGAAGGUUGCGAUGGCUCAGUUUGAUCGCUAUCUCUCUGCUCCAGAUAGUCUCUUAAUGUCCCAGCUGAAUUUCCUUCUGAGUGCCACUGUGAAAGAGCAGAUAAUAAAACAGUCAACAGAGCUGGUCUGCAGAGCUUACAGUGAGUUAUAUGCAGCUGUGAUGGACCCUUCAAAUGGGUAUAAGGAUCCAGAAACCAUCCUACACAGAUCUCCUCAUCAAGUUCAGACACUCCUUUCGUAGUCUUGCUUCCCCCUGAUUUGUCAGAAUCCAUAAUUCUGUAUUUGUUGAGCAUUUGCAUUGAGUUAUUUUUUCUGGUUUGAAUUUUGAUGUGUAACAGCACAGUUAAAUUGUGUAGGAAUGUGGGUUUGUUUAAUCUCCUUGGCAGAAGUCUAGACUUUCCUCUGUCUUUGAAUACCUUCUAUAGGCCAGAAAAUAGAAUAUAGAUUAAAAAUUAUUUUAAUGUAUUCCUCUAAUGGAAAUGGACCUUGACAAUAUGCAAUCUCUUUGAAAAAGGGAGUAAAGGAGAAAGAAGCUUUUUCCUUGCUGUACAUAAUCCUUUCAGCUAGAGAUUGGACCAGUGUCACUUACAAACUCAUCAAUAUUUUUAUUUGCUCUUUUCUCUCUUCUUUCACUCUUUUUUUUUCAGCCUGUCAUCAGUA